AUGUAGCCUUAGUAUUUAAAGACUUUAUAAUAUUGCUAAUAAAAGUAUUAGACAAUCCUACCUAAUCAGGAUGUAAAGUUCGUAUAUUUCUUUAUUAAACUAGACCCUUGUACAAAGUAAUCAAAUUACCUAAAUUUUCGCUUAAUAUGAAAUCUUAGUUCAGUUGUUGAUCUAAAAUGCAUUAUUUUGUAAGUCGGAAGCUUUAAGAUAAAAAACUAUUUAGAUGUUAGAACAAUUAGAAAAACAAGAUCAUGCAUCAUUAUACAGUAUUGAUUUGUCAUAAUUUAAUGACAAUCCUCUCGCAAUUGAAGUCUCUCCUUUAUAAAGUUCUUUUUAACUUCCUCUGUUAAAGCAAUAUAAAACCUUAUUAGAAAGCAUUAAUAAAAAUUUUGACGAUAAAAUAGUUAUACUUAAAAAAUAUAUUCCUCUUAUUUAAACUAGUUAUUUACCUUAAUAAUAUCAAAUUAGUAAGGUUAGGUGUAAAUUUACACCAGUGGAUGAAGACUUAUUAUAUCAAGGUUUAUAAAAACAUGGAAGCAAAAAAUUGGAGGCAAUUUAAAAAGAAUUUUUAUGGGAAAAAACUCUUAAAUAAAUAAAAAAUAAAUACAAAAACUCGAUUUGUAGCAAUGCAUAAAUGAACAAAAUUAAAACUUGGAAGCUUAGUUAAUAUGAAUAUUUGAAUUAAAAAGAAGUAUAACAAUUUAUUAAAGGAAUUUAAUGGUUCGGAAAAGAUAAAUCUCAGCUUAUUCAUAAAUUCUUUGUUACAACAAGAAGUUCAGAUUUUUUGAAUAAGUAAAUAAAUUUAUGCUAUUUUUUAGUGAAUUAAUUAAAGCUGAUUAAUUAUUGAAAAAAAGAAAAAAACACAACAUCCCAGAAUCAUAUCCAACCUAUUAUGAAUAAUUAUGGAAUGCAGAAAGAAAGAAAAUAUAAUUAAAAGUAAUUUUUUUGAGUAAUUAAGCAAAUAUAAAAAGAAGAAUUACCUACAUAUGAUAAAUUCUUUAAUUUGUCAUAAGAGUAUUCAAAUAGUUUUUGUAAAUCAAAUUUUGAAUUCAGUAGAUUAGGAGGCUACAAUACUUAGUUUUCUAUCCAAUUACAAUAAGCAAACCAAAUUUAAUAAUAAUAAUAGUAAUAGAAAGUUUAGACUCCCUUCGAAGUUUGGAAAAAUGCAAUUAGUUCUUUGCCCGAAUUAAAAGGCUGAAAAUUAAUAGUAUAAUCUAAUAUAUUUUUG